UUGAUGCAUGUUCUUGGGCUCGUUGCUAAGCCCAUCUUCCUCUCGCCGACACGCUUCCUUGUGACAUGGAAGAAGAAACCGAACCGCCUAGCUCUUGUCCUCCAUUCCACAACAGCGUUGGCCUACUCUCCUCGCCUCACCAAAGAUCCCGCCUUGCCUUCUCUAAUCGACUCCAUUGCUACUCUCGCUUCCCUCCGCCGCCUCACUGAAGCCUUCGCCGCUUUCUCUCUCCUCCGCCUCCGCUCUCCUUCCUCCCAUAUCCUCUUCCGCCUUACCUACCUCCUCCUCAACUCUGCUACUGAACACCAAUCCCUUCCAGCCGGCGAGCAGCUCCACGCUUUCUCCAUCUCCUUCGGCCUCUUUUACCACAUUUCCCUCCUCUCCCCUCUUACAUCUUUCUACCUCUCGUUCGGUCUACUCCAUUCUGCAGCUUCCGUCGUAGAAGAGUCUUCAUACAUUCUCCCAUGGAAGCUCCUCAUUUCCUCUUAUGUCAGAAAUGGCUUUUCUGCCGAGGCUCUUGCUGCCUACAACCAAAUGUUUUCUAUUGGCGUUGUCCCUGAUUGCUUCACUUAUCCGUCUCUCCUUAAAGCCUGCGGAGAGGCAGGUGACUUGGAUGUUGGCAGAGAGAUUCACCGGAGCAUUGAAAGCAGUGGAAUCGGGUCGAAUAUAUUUGUAACGAAUGCUUUGGUGGCCAUGUAUUUGAAAUGCGGUGAACUGGAUGUUGCGAGAAAGCUGUUCGAUGAAAUGCCUGCGAGAGAUGUUGUGUCAUGGAAUUCAAUUAUAUCAGGGUAUGCAUCGAGGGGUCUUUGGAUGGAAGCAUUUGAGCUGUUCGAGCUUGCCAUGGAAGGGUGUUCGGAGGUGAAUUCCAUUACCUGGAAUACCAUCAUUGGUGGCCUGCUGCAGAAGGGGGAUCAUGUCAAAGCGUUGGAAUUUGUUUCUCAAAUGAGACUGAGCAAAACUGGGGUGGACUUCGUCACCAUGGUUAUUGCUUUAAACGCUUGCUCUCGAAUUGGGAUGUUGAGAUUGGGGAAGGAAAUUCACGGUUUGGCAAUCCGCAUGGUCUGUGAUGACCUUGAGAGUCUGAGGAAUGCUCUGAUAACAAUGUACUCGAGGUGCAAGGACACUAGAACUGCUCAUCUUCUGCUUCGAAUGAUAAAAAAUCCAAGCUUGGUUACAUGGAACGCCAUGCUUGCUGGCUUUGCAGUUGAGGACAGAGCAGAGGAGGCCUCUCUUUUAUUUAGAGAGAUAUUACAGUCGGGACUCCAACCAAAUUAUGUAACCGUUGUGACAAUUCUUGCUCUUUGUGCGCGCGUUGCUAAUCUCCAGCAUGGCCGUGAGCUCCACUCAUACAUAACCAAGCAAGAAUUCACAGGCUACCGCCUUCUGUGGAACUCUCUUGUUGACAUGUACUCUAAGUCAGGCAGGAUCUUGGAAGCUCGUAGAGUCUUUGAUGCCAUGACUGAUCGCGAUGAAGUCUCUUACACUUCACUUAUAGCUGGAUAUGGAAUGCAAGGGGAUGGUAUCGCAGCAGUUCAGCUUUUUGAUGAGAUGAUCAGUUAUGGAAUCAAACCGGAUCAUGUUAGUAUGGUGGCGGUCCUCUCUGCUUGCAGCCACUCUAAAUUAGUUUCAAAAGGAGAAAUACUCUUUAACAAGAUGGAAAGCACCUUUGGCAUUAAGCCAAGGAUGGAACAUUUCUCUUGUAUGGUGGAUUUGUAUGCCAGAGCUGGUCUUUUGGAGAAGGCAGAGGAGGUGAUUAAUAAAGCUCCCUUUCAACCAAAUUCUGCAAUGUGGUCAGCCUUAGUUGGUGCUUGUCAGGUGUACAGGAAUACUGAGCUAGGAGAAAAGGCAGCAAUGAGGCUGUUGGAGAUGAAGACAGAUAAUGCAGGGCACUAUGUGCUCAUUGCAAACAUGUAUGCGGCUGCGAAUUGCUGGGGGGAGCUUGCGAAGGUUAGGAUGAAGAUGAGGGAUGAGGGGGUAAGGAAGGCUCCAGGAUGUGCUUGGGCUGAUUUGGGGAAUGGGUUCAAGCCUUUUGUGGUGGGAGACCGAUCGAACUCCGUGUCUCCUGAUAUUUAUGGACUUUUGGAAGGUCUGGCUGAGCAAAUGUAUGAUGAGGGUUAUGCAAUCUGUGAGGAGUUGGGAUAUGGGAACUAAAUACAAUUGGAAUAGAUGGAAAACAUCUGGAUUGCAGAUAUGUUCUUGAUCGACCAAAGAAAUGUCUUGGUCGACCAAAGCCAUUUGUUGGUAGCCCAAGCUGGUUGAUCAUGAGUAACCUCAUAACCUAGUUUGAACUAUGAAAUUGUAGUGAGUGCAUCCAUGAGGUAAAGUGAUGUCUUAUUGAACGUAAUAUAUAUUUUUUAUUUGGAAGGAACUAUGAAUAAUCUCCCAACUAUUUGUAGGUUGUCAAUUUAGUCUUAAAGUAUCAUAUUUCUCUAAUUUUAUUUCUCUACUAGACAAAAUUUAUUCAAAAUGGCCCCAAUGUGAUUAAUUUUAUAUAUUUGAGGGAUUGAUUGAGAUUAAUUUUUUAUAAUUUUCAUCAAUUUUUAUUUGAGGGAGUAUUUUGGGAUCAAUUUUAUAUAGUUGAUGGGCUAAAUUAGAGAAAUAUGAUACUCAUGAAGUUAUUAAACUGGGAUUAUUUUGAUCAUUUUCUCUAUAUUUAAUUUUAAAAGUUGAGAAAAUUAAUGCACGCAUAAAGUCUACGCUUGAAUUCUCACGACCAUGGGAGGGCCAAAGAAACCUCACCACUUAGUUUGGAAAACCUUCAUAAACAAUUAAAUAGCUUCUUUUUGAUCCUCCUCACAUAAUGACUAAUAGCUUUCAUGGGUCCCACAAAGUGGGUCUCCCUUGACAUAUCAGUACUCCCCUCUCAAAAAGCCACAUUGUCCUGAAAGUGGAACGAAGGAAACUGUUGCUGAAGAAUAUUUUUCCAUUUCAAAAGAAAUUAGGUGAGUAGUUGUAAUCUUGAAAUGCAUUUUCUUGUUGGAUCCACGCGAAACAACUCUACGAUGUUUGCUGCUUAAAAUUUUAUCAAUAAUUUGUUUAUGUGAAACAAUACAAGCAUUUUUCUUUUCAUUUCUCUUUUUUGAAGAAUCUCUCAAAACUCAUGUCAGCGUAACAAUUAUUAACUUGGUUUUGAGUUCCUAAUUAACAAAAUCUCCAGGGGUAGAAGAAUGUUCCAUUGUUUUAGAAGAUUGGACCCCUUAAUAGAUUGGAUAACUCUUUUUUGUUCUACACUCAGCUUAUUCACCAAGACUUUAUGUGAUCUUGAAGAAUAAAAAGACUCAGUUGGUACAUAAUGUUUGGUUUUCUCUGAAGUCUCUUCAUUAUCUUGGCUUAUGAAGUAUUGAUGCCAAUGGUUUGACUUUUUAGGAUGAUGCCUUGCAGUCAGGCUUUAUGCUGCAUACAAAUUUAUUUAUUGCUGAGCCUUUUUUUUAAAUAAAUAUUAUUGGUAUUAAGACCCUUUUUUCCCUUAAAAAAAAAAAAAAAAUAAA